UCUCCGCAGGGUUCCACCUGCUGCCCUCACCAUGUCCCAGAACCCAAGAUGCAUUCACUCUGGAGGCUCCUGGUCAUCCUCGGCUUGCUGGCCUUGCCCUCGGCACUGCACAAGCAGCACUGGCCUAGCCUGGUCAAGGCCCACACAGACAGCAAAUCUGCUCUGGCGACAAUUAUUGCCCAGGGCCUCAUGAAGCACAAUACAGAGAGCCGAAUCCAGAACAUCCGCUCCCUGGACAGUCUGAACGCCUCCGGGCAGAUGGUCCCGGGGGUGGUGGGCUGGCUAAUUGGCAGCAAGAGCCUCCAGCAGCAUGCAGAAGGCAGUGCCAACAUCACCAACGUUCAGCUAGACUAUGGCAGGAUCCGGACGUCUUUCCAUAAGGAGUGGUUCUUGGCAAACAUCUCACUUGGAUUUGAUAUUGACUUGAGACUGCCCUUCAAUAACCAGAUCAUAAGGACACACGCACACAUGAACCUCGCUGUGGAGUUCCGGCUGGAGAAAGACGAGUUUGGCCGGAGGGAUCUGGUGAUAGGCCACUGCCGCGUGGAGCCCAGCAGCGUCCACACGAAAUUCCUCACUGAAGAUAUCCCACCAAAGAUAAAACAUUUUCUCCGCAACCUCAGAGAGAACCUGGAAAAAGUUAUCCCACACCUGAUAGAAAGUCAGGUGUGUCCUCUGAUCGAUGAAAUCCUCAGGCAGCUGGAUGUGAAACUCCUGAAAAGCCUCAUGGAGCAGGAGACUGCUCAUGAACUCAACCAAUUUUGAGUCCAGCCAACCUUCCACGAGCCAGACUCCAGUGUCCUCCCACGGUUCACUGAUAAUCAGAAGGAGAUUCCACCUUCGGGGACAUGAAGUCUCCCUCAGAGUGGGGCUUCUGCUGCCCCGAAAGCUUUUAACAUAGGCCCUGUGGACCUCCUGUCUUCUUCCAUAAUAAAUUCUAGCUCUAAAGUGUG